AUGCCUUUGCGGCCUCGCGACGAUCUGUGCAUUAGCCUUGGUCCCGGGGAGCGAGCCUUGGUGCAAAAGAUUGACUUCUUCAUCCUCACCUUCUGCUGUCUGAGCUACUUCGUCAACUACCUCGAUCGCUCCAACCUCGCCAAUGCCUACGUGUCCGGGAUGCGGGACGAGCUGGGAUUCGUCGGGAACCAGCUCAAUGAGAUCAACACUUGCUUUACAGUCGGAUACAUCUUGGGUCAGAUCCCGUCCAACCUGUCGCUCCACUAUGUCAGGCCCCGGCUCUGGUUCCCCCUCAUGAUGCUGCUCUGGGGCGGGCUGACUACGGUGACGGCCUCGGCGCACAGCCCGCAGGCCAUCAUGGCCAUCCGCUUCUUCCAGGGCAUGUGCGAGGCCUCGACCUUUGUCGGCACCCACUACGUCCUCGGUGCGUGGUACACGGAGCGCGAGCUGGGUAAGCGGAGCGGCAUCUUCACCUCGUCCGGGCUCGCGGGGACCAUGGUCGGCGGCUUCAUCCAGACGGGCAUCCAUCGGGGCCUAGACGGCCGCCGCGGCCUCAGCGGCUGGCGCUGGCUCUUCAUCAUCGACGGGCUGCUCACGCUCCCCGUCGCCCUCUACGGCUUCCUUCUGUUCCCGGACACGCCGCGUACCACGACGGCUUUUUACCUGACCCCGGCCGAGCGGGAGCUAGCCGUCUCGCGCGUCCCCGCCGCCCACGACACGGAGCACCAGUCCCCUCUGACGAUGCACUUCCUCAAAAAGGUCCUGGCGAGCUGGUACUGGUGGGGCUUCGUCGGCCUCUGGGUUGUUGCCGGCGAGACCGAGUCGUUUGGUUCAAACUCGCUCCUCGCCCUCUACAUGCAGAGCCACCCGGAUGUCAAGUACACCGUCGCGCAGCUCAACAACUAUCCCACGGGCGUCGCGGGUGCGGGGAUCGUGUCGACGCUCUUCUGGGCAUCUCUGACGGAUCUCCUUGGCGGCAAGCGCUAUCUCGUCGGCUACUUCAUCGCCGUGACCGGCAUCGCGACCUCGGCCAUGAUCCUCGUCGCGUCUCGGAACCCUACCAGCUCGGCCUCGACGACUGUCGUCUUUGCCGCGUACUACUGGGCCGGGGCCGUCUAUGCCUGCCAGGCCACCUUCUUCGCCUGGUGCAACGAUGCCAUGCGCUUCGAGCAGGCCACCUUUCGCGCCGUCGUCCUUGCGGGCAUGAACCUCGGCAACAAUGCCGUCAGUGCCUGGUGGAGCAUCCUCUUUUAUGGGGCAUCCAUGGCGCCUUGGUUUACUAAUGGUAUGUGGGCCAUGAUUGCCUGCUCCGUGGUCUUGGCAAUCUGGACGGCGGGCUUGUCGUAUCUGGCCUGUCGCAAAGACAAGAAGAGGGCAGCCGAGGAUGGCGAGAUGAGUGUGCAACAUGAAGUCACAACAGACCACGAGUCAACUGGAAGUAAACCAUCAUGA